AAAUUAAUAAGGAAGUUUCGUUGUUGGAAGUCACUUUAUUGAAAGUAGAUAUGUCAUAUUUAUAGAGCCACAGGCCAAGCAUGUAGUCCUUCAUUGAAACUGCAUUUAUAGAAUGCCAUGCCAUGGCCUACCAAUAUGCACCACCACCACCCCAACCAGUUUUAGUUUCUAUCUUUGCAACUGAAGCGCUCUCUGUCUGUCUCUCUAAAAGAGAGAUUGUUAGAUUAUAGUGAUUAAGAUUAUAUAUAUGGCGUCGGUCUCAGAGUCUCCCCCAAACCCAUCUUUCAGAAUAAGAGGUACGUCUACCACUACCACCCGCAACAAUGACAACAACAACAGGACGUUCUUGAGUCGAAGCAUUUCUACAAAAGAACCAUCUUUCUCUGAAUUUCCCUACACCCCACCUCGCCGUACUUCUCCAUCUCUCUCUCACAGCCUCCAUGCUUCCCCCGUCUCUUCUCCUCUCCACCACUUUGCACCACCUACCUCCAAACACUACUACCCUGAUCAUCCUCAUCAUGAUCCUCACACUUCCUAUCGCUGCAUCUCUUCCGUGCUCAAAAAGGACGGCCAGAUCUUGUCCAUGGCCUCAUCCAACGGCCUCCUCUACACGGGUUCCGAGACCAAUGUCAUAAGGGUUUGGAAGGUUCCUGAGUUCUCCGAGUGUGGACAGCUAAAGACCAAGGCUUCCAUGGUUGUGGCGCUCCAGGUGUCCAAUGAUAUGGUUUAUGCUGCUUAUGGCGAUGGCAAGAUUAGAGUUUGGCAGAGAUCGUGGGAUGGGGGCUUGAAGCAUGUCCGUUUGGCAACUAUUCCAAGGUCCGGAAGCUACGUUCGCAACUACAUUGCCAGAAAAGAUAAGAUGGUGAAGCAUAUAGGCCCUAUUACCUCAUUGGCGAUCAACGUGGCGGACGACAUCCUCUACUCGGCUUCGGUUGAUAAAACAGUAAAAGUGUGGCGAAUUUCUGACCUCAAAUGCAUGGAGACAAUCCAAGCCCAUCCGGACCCGAUCAACGCCAUCAUCGUCAGCGACGACGGAUUUCUCUACACGGCCUCCGACGACGCCACGGUCAGAGUCUGGCGUCGUAAUUUCUGCCGCGGUGACCAGCUGCCGCACUCGCUCACGGUGACACUGCCGGCCAAGUACUCGCCGGUAAAAACGUUGACUCUGACACCGGACGGUGGGGUGUUGUACGGAGGGUGCACGGACGGGUACAUACACUACUGGUUGAAGAGCUGGGUGUCGGGGCAGCUGCAGUACGGGGGUGCGCUUCAGGGUCAUACACACGCGGUGAUGGGAUUGGGGAAUGUGGGGAAGUACGUGGUUAGCGGGUCAGCGGACUCGACGAGUCGGGUUUGGAGCAGAGAGCAGGAUGGUCAGCAUUCGUGUUUGGCGGUGCUUGUGGGCCACCGUGGGCCCAUUAGGUGCGUCACCGCAUUUUCAGGACGCUCUUCGUCUGGGGAUGAAACGGCGGAGGAUUAUAAUAAUAAUAAUAAUGAAUAUGGUUGCACCAUCUGCACCGGGAGUCUCGAUGGAGUUGUUAAAGUGUGGCGUGUCACAAGCGCCGUUAAUAAUAACAAUAAUUCCAAUAAUCUGUAUUCAACCCCAAGUGGAUGCGAUUAUUUUGAGCUCUAAAAUAUUUCAUUGCUGCUACGUAUCCAAUUGACUAAUUGUAUUGUACAUAUUAAAUUAUUAAUUAUCCAUAUCAAAUUAAGUGAAUUAAUCA